AUGACUAAUAACACGAAAAGAGUCAUAAUCCUUGGGGCUUCCUAUGCUGGAAUUCUUGCUUUGAGGACUUUGCUUUCCAGGAAGAAUCCAGCCAAUCUCGAAUUGGUCAUCAGGAUCAUCUCGCCAAAUGAUCAUACAUAUUUCAAUAUGUCUAGUCCUAGAUUGUUGGUCGAGCCUGAUUCAAUUAACAAAGUGGUUUUCAGUCUCCAAGACUUAAUUUCCAAAUUGAAAGUUAAUUCUAAACAUAAAGUGGAAUAUGUCCAAGGGUCAGUUAAAAAUGUUGAUUUGGAUAAUAGACAAGUGGAUCUUCAUAAAUCUGAAUCUUCUUUAAAUUAUGACUAUUUAAUGGUUGCGACAGGUACUAGAAGUGAUUGCUUGGCUUUAAAAUUGGACAACUUACUUGAUCAUUCGUAUUCCAUAAACGCAGUAAAACGCUUAUCUGAGGAUAUAAAGCACGCCGAAAGCAUCGCUGUUGUAGGUGCUGGAAUCACCGGGGUUGAAGUUAUAGCUGAAUUAUCAUCCAAUUAUGGAAAGACUACAACGUUCGAUUUAUACACUGGUAAUGAACAUCUCCUCCCGGAAUUGAAGGAAUGCCACAGACGACAAGUUGUUGAGAGAUUAACAAAUUUUGGUGUUUCAAUUAUCAAUAAUGAAAAGGUUAAAGUAAGCAAGGACUCGAAAUCAGUUAUUUUUAAGGACGGGACAGUAAAAGAAUAUUCGCUUGUCAUUCCUACUUUUAGAAAUAUUCCAAAUACAGAAUUCCUUCCCGGAAAAGUUUUAGCCGCUUCAGGCUAUGUGUAUACAGACAAGCAUCUCCGCCUUGAGAAAUAUCAUAAUGUGAUUUGUUUGGGUGAUAUUUUAGAAAUGGGUGCAAGUUCUUGUGUUGACUUAGUUUAUGCUCAAAAACUGGUGCUUGAAUCGACAGUAGAUUAUGAGAUUUUCGAGCAGAAAUCAGUAAAGUUAAAGACACAUAAAAAAUAUGAACCAUCUUACCAGUUCGUUAUUCCAUUGGGAAAGGAUGGUGGUGUUGGUGUUGCGUAUGGAAUCUGCUUACCCAAUUUCUUGGUGAGAUACGCAAAAGCCAAAGAUUAUUUUAUUCCUAAAGCAAAAGAGGUUUUCGGGUAG